CGAUUUUUUAUAAAAAGGAACGAUUUUUGAUAGCCGCUGGCCUACCACUGUGCCCGGUUCAUGACAUAACGCACUUCAGUUUGUUUACAUCCUUUGCAGCGUGAAAAGUGUUUUGCGCUUCCACCGUACCAUGUGGGGAACGUUACUCACCCGGCUACGAUCGGCUUGCACCUUAUCGCUCGCACGUUCCAGCGAGCUAGCGGCAGCGAUCCGACCAACAACGACCGGGGUUUCGCAUUUCCACUCGCUAUCACAUCCAGCCAAACCAUCCCCACUCACCAACCAAUGCAACCCGCAAGCGGUAAGCAAUCCGCACUUCCUGCAGGUGCGCCUCGUGCCAUUGCUAAACUUGGUCAGCGGGUUUAAAGUGAAGGGUCGGCUAAAGCGCCGCUGCAAAGAUUGCUACUUCGUGAUGCGGCAGGAGCGGCUGUACGUAAUUUGCAAAACCCAUCCGCGCCACAAGCAGAUGUCGAUGAAGAAGCAUGACCGCAACACAUGGAUACUGACCGACGCUACCCAGGGCAAGGUUAGAGCGUGGUGAACGGUUCACAUUAGUCAUUAGCUGCUGUUAGUAGGGAGUUGUGUAUGCACAGGCUGGAAGCAAAAUAUAUUAUUACGAAAAAAACCGUUCA